UCCUGAAAGACGAGGCAAUACCAAUUUUUGGUUUUACAUACACACAACAAUCAUGACAUCCUGCAAAAGUGCCAUAAAGAAAAUGCUGCCAAAGACAUAUCUUCGUAAGCAUGUGUCCCAUGAAAUACACACUGCGUUGAUCCACUUCAAAGACCUUGUUCCAAUGGUGGAUAAAUACAUUUACAAUGAUGGGACCACCAAGGUCUUGAUGAGUCUCACAGGAACGAUACCCAUCAUUUUUCAAGAUAUGAGUUACAACAUCCCCAUAUGUGUGUGGCUUGAGGAGAGCUACCCUCAGUCGGCCCCCAUCUGCUACGUCAGGCCCAUGCGGGACAUGAUGAUAUUGCGCGGAAACUAUGUCUCUGGCAAUGGUGACGUCCUGCUGCCAUACUUGCAGGAGUGGAAGCAGGGGAAGUGUGACCUGGUGAGCCUCCUGCAGGUGAUGGUUUCCAUGUUUGGAGACGUCCCUCCCAUCUGUAUGCAGCCUCAUACCCAGCCUGCGCAAGCAUCCUGUUCGCUGCAGUUCCACAAGCAAUCACGUGUGCUUUCCAGGCCAGACGGCAGUUUGUAUUUGUCUUUAUCAACAGAAGAUGACCGACUUGUCCCUCAAGGAAAUGAAACAAGCUGUUAAUAGAUUUCAAUAUUGAUUUGUAGCUUGUAAAACGUAUCUUGUGCGCACAACAGUAUCACGUGGUCAUGAAUGGUUGUUGUAUUGGAAUUCGAUUUAGCCAAGUAACAUUUUAAAAAUAAUUUGCACUGCAAAUGUCAGUAUGCUCUGAGAUGUAUUUAUAUAUAUAUAUAUACACACACACACACACACACACACACAUAGUGGGGCAAAAAAAGUAUUUAGUCGGCCACCAAUUGUGCAAGUUCUCCCACUACCUCACCUAUGAGAGACAAAAUGAGGGAAAAAAAAAUCACUGUCUGAUUUUUGAAGAAUUUAUUCGCAAAUUAUGGUGGAAAAUAAGUAUUUGGUCAACAACAAAAGCUCAUCUCAAUACUUUGUGAUAUACCCUUUGCUGGCAAUGACAAAGGUCAAACGUUAUCUGCAAGUCUUCAAGGUUUUCACACACUGUUGCUGGUAUUUUGGCCCAUUCCUCCAUGCAGAUCUUCUCUAAAGCAGUGAUGUUUUGUGGCUGUUGCUGGGCAACACUAGACUUUCAACUCCCUCCAAAGAUUUUCUAUGGGGUUGAGAUCUGGAGACUGGCUAGGCCACUCCAGGACCUUGAAAUGCAAUGAAGCCACUCCUUCAUUGCCCCGGCGGUGUGUUUGGUAUCAUUGUCAUGCUGAAAGACCCAGCCACGUUUCAUCUUCAAUGCCCUUGCUGAUGGAAGAAGGUUUUCACUCAAAAUCUCAUGAUACAUGGCCCCAUUCAUUCAUUCAUUCCUUUACACGGAUCAGUCGUCCUGGUCCCUUUGCACAAAAACAGCCCCAAAGCAUGAUGUUUCAACCCCCAUGCUUCACAGUAGGUAGGGUGUUCUUUGGAUGCAACUCGGCAUUCUUUCACCUCCAAAGAUGACAAGUUGAGUUUUUACCAAAAAGUUAUAUUUUGGUUUCAUCUGACCAUAUGGCAUUCUCCCAAUCCUCUUCUGGAUCAUCCAAAUGCUCUCCAGCAAACCUCAGACAGGCCUGGACAUGUACUGGCUAAAGCAGGGGGACACGUCUGGCACUGCAGGAUUUGUAAUGUGUUACUGAUGGUAGCCUUUGUUACU